AUGGACCUCCUCAAAAAGUUUUGCGCUUCCCGAGUAUCAUUUUACAACUCUGACUUUCCCAUAUCACUAACACACCGCUCGAACCAUACAGUAACACUACCAGAAUUAUGCAAGCAUUCGACCCCGCCAUACCAACCCAGUCUCAUCCUAUUCAACGGACAUCUGCAAACGUUAUGGACAGCUCUAAGCCGCAACGAGAUCGUUGUGCGCUACAAGCGCCGGAUCUUCAAGUCGGAAGAUGACUUAUACCCGGGAAGUUUCGCUGUCGACUUUGUCAGCCAGGACGACAAUGACAUCAAGCAAGAAGACUCCUCAUUGCCCCCACAGACGACAUACUACAGAGAUCAUGAUGCGCCCACUGGCUCGCUUGACUGCGCACCAAUGCUGGUUGCACUGCACGGUGUGGCUGGCGGUUCUCAUGAGCCGUAUGUUAAGCAUGUGUUAGCACCGCUGGUCGCGUCUGGGUGGAAGGCAUGCGUCGUUGUGUCGCGCGGUUGCGGCGGAAGUCAGCUAACCAGUCCGCUGCUGUAUAAUGCGCGAUCGACGUGGGACCUGAAGCAGACAGUGACUUUCUUGCGGCGUCGGUUCCCUAACCGGCCGCUGUAUGCUAUUGGCUUCUCUAUUGGAGCGAACAUCCUUGUUAACUACCUUGGCGAGGAGGGUGAGAAUUGUGGUGUCAGAGCCGCUGUGGUCUGCUCGAACCCUUGGAACUUGGAGGUCGUUGACAACGCACUCCGGCGGAGCUGGAUGGGCCUCAACAUCUACUCACAUGCCAUGGCUGACGGAGCGAAGCAGAUCGUGCAACGUCACGCUGACAUGGUAUUGAGAAACCGUAGCAUUGCUGCUACCGCCGUAGAAAAGAUUCGAUAUUUUUUUGAUUUCGAUAUGUAUGCAUACAAUCAUAUUGAUCAUCAUGUGGCUAUAACUGAGCUUACGUUCAAAAGUGCUGUACAACUGCCCAUGUGGGGCUAUCCAACGAAAGGGACGUAUUACAGGGAUGCAUCAUCAGUUGAUGCGGUCUUAGCAGUGCGAGUCCCGCUCUUUGCUCUCAACGCAGAAGACGACCCGAUUUCCCAUCGUGAGGCGUUGCCAUUCGACGAGUUCCAAAACAACCCUUAUACCGUGCUUUGCACGACUUCUUCGGGCGGUCAUCUUGGUUGGUACGAAUCAGAAGAGCAAAGAUGGUUCGCCAAACCUGUCAUCACAUUUCUUGAGACUGUACAUCAUGAUAUAGACUGGACGAAAGAUGUGAAGCUUGCUUCGCAUGUCACAACGGCGGCUCAUGGCCUUGAGUACAAACCAGUGCGCCGCAAGAUGCAAUAUACCACCGCGGCGAACUCUCCUGGCCAAUCUGAACUUCAGUUUCCGCAUGAUCAGCUCUGGUUUUUCUAA